GCUGCGGCCGCAGCGGCGGCGGGCAUGGCAGAGGCGCGGUCCCGGCCCUCGGCGGGGCAGCAGCUCAACGCGCUGCCGGACCACUCGCCGCUCCUGCAGCCCGGCCUGGCGGAGCUGCGGCGCCGGGCCCGGGAAACGGGCGUCCCGCUCGCGCCGCUGCCGCUCACCGACUCGUUCCUGCUGCGGUUCCUGCGCGCCCGGGAUUUCGAUCUGGACCUGGCCUGGCGGUUACUAAAAAACUAUUAUAAGUGGAGAGCAGAAUGUCCAGAAAUAAGUGCAGAUCUACACCCUAGAAGUAUUAUUGGCCUUCUAAAGGCUGGCUACCAUGGAGUCCUGAGAUCCAGGGAUCCCACCGGCAGCAAAGUUCUUAUUUACAGAAUCGCACACUGGGACCCCAAAGUUUUUACAGCUUAUGAUGUAUUUCGAGUAAGUCUAAUCACAUCCGAGCUUAUUGUACAGGAGGUAGAAACUCAGCGGAAUGGAAUCAAGGCUAUCUUUGAUCUGGAAGGCUGGCAGUUUUCUCAUGCUUUUCAAAUCACUCCAUCUGUAGCCAAGAAGAUUGCUGCUGUACUUACGGAUUCAUUUCCAUUGAAAGUUCGUGGCAUCCAUUUGAUAAAUGAACCAGUAAUUUUCCAUGCUGUCUUUUCCAUGAUCAAACCAUUCCUCACUGAAAAAAUUAAGGAACGGAUUCAUAUGCACGGGAACAACUACAAACAAAGCUUGCUUCAGCAUUUCCCAGACAUUCUUCCUCUGGAAUAUGGUGGUGAAGAAUUCUCCAUGGAGGAUAUUUGUCAGGAAUGGACAAAUUUUAUAAUGAAGUCUGAAGGUUAUCUCAGCAGCAUUUCUGAGAGCAUUCAGUGAGAUGUUAUUACAUGUGAAUGGUUUCCUAAUUAAAAAUACAUGAGCGAUAUCCUACCUGGUUAAAUGAAUGAAAGAA